AUCCGGGCUGACAUCACGUAUCAAAGCCGCGGGGACCGCAUAUAAGGAGGCUCCGCGGGGCCGCCGAGGCAGAGGGGAUCCGGACUCAACCCUCGCUCUGCCCCGGGUGGAGGUUGUGCAUCCCCAACACAGGGGCUGAAGGAAAUACAUCGCACAGGAGAUUCAGAAGCCUCCUAUUUUCCCCUCUCGAAGCUGAUUUCCUACUGGGGGACGGUGGAGAAAAUGAAGCCGAACCCGCAAUUUUUGCUAGCUGCUUUUCUGUCCUUGAUUCUGCAGACGGGGAUUUGCUAUGGGAUAAAAUGGAUAGCUCUGUCCAAGACUCCUUCGGCUUUGGCCCUGAAUCAAACCCAGCACUGCAAGCAGCUAGAAGGCCUGGUGGUUUCCCAGGUGCAAUUGUGCCGCAGCAACCUGGAGCUGAUGCAGACCAUCAUCCAGGCGGCACGGGAAGUGAUAAAGACCUGCCGUAAAACUUUCUCAGACAUGAGGUGGAACUGCUCUUCCAUCGAGCUGGCUCCUAACUACCUGCUGGACUUAGAGAGAGGUACAAGGGAGUCAGCAUUUGUGUAUGCCCUUUCUGCUGCUGCUAUCAGCCAUACCAUUGCCAGAGCCUGCACCACCGGGGACCUCCCUGGCUGUUCCUGUGGUCCCAUCCCAGGUGAGACACCUGGACCUGGGUAUCGAUGGGGAGGAUGUGCAGACAACCUCAACUAUGGUCUUAUCAUGGGGUCCAAAUUUUCAGAUGCUCCCAUGAAGAUGAAAAAAUCAGGAUCACAAGCCAAUAAACUGAUGCAUCUGCACAACAGUGAAGUAGGGAGACAGGUCUUGAAAGCCUCUCUUGAGAUGAAAUGUAAGUGCCAUGGAGUUUCUGGGUCAUGCUCUAUCAAGACCUGUUGGAAAGGCCUUCAAGAGCUGCGAGACAUUGCACUGGACCUCAAAAACAAGUAUUUGUCAGCCACCAAGGUCGUUCAUCGGCCCAUGGGCACACGCAAAUACCUCGUGCCAAAGGAUAUUGAUAUCAGACCGGUUAAGGAGACAGAGCUGAUUUACCUGCAGAGCUCGCCUGAUUUCUGCAUGAAGAAUGAGAAAGUGGGGUCGCACGGGACCCAGGACAGGCAAUGCAACAAGACCUCCAAUGGGAGUGACAGCUGUGACCUGAUGUGCUGCGGCAGAGGCUACAACCCCUACAUGGACAAAGUGGUGGAGAGGUGCCACUGCAAAUACCACUGGUGCUGCUACGUCACCUGUAAAAAGUGUGAGAGGACUGUCGAGAGAUACGUCUGCAAAUGAAAACACCUCGCUCUGCUGAUGCUUCAGAGAAGAGAAAAUACUUCCUUGACUAGAUGUUGCUCAUCUUGUACAAAGACUUGAAGAAAGAUGGUAGGAGGAAAAAAAAAAAAAAAGCAAUCACAUCAAGUAAAAAAGUGACUUUAAAGAAAUGUAAAAAAUGGAAGGCUUUCCCCCACCAAUAAAAUGCUCUCUGAGAAGACACAAACUCAUUUGGGAUGGUAUCUUCUUCCAAAAUCUUCCCUGUGGUUGCCAAUGACAUCCAGCCAUCAAGUGCCUUAAUAUUUUGAGAAGCUAAAGUAGAAACUUUCCCUUGGGGAAGAAAAGCAGCUCCUGUCUGAAUAUAACCAAGACUCAUGCUUGCCUAUGCCUUCUUGCACAGAUACUGAGUCUGCAUUAGAACCAUCCCAGAAGCAAAAACUCUACAACUUUUCAGCAAUAACUGCAUUUGUUGCCAAAGACCUAAUUUUUAAAAUGGAGGCAUCCACUCUGGAUGGAAAAAGUGGAAAGAGUUCAGGUCCAUGCCCUGAAAUGACCAGCUCAUUUUAAUCUUUCUUUUAUGCAGGUCUGUGACUUCCAAUGGGACUUUUCCACAGGAAAACCUGACCCUAAUUUGUCUAGGCUUGAUGGAUUUUCACACUCAGCCAUGGAAAACAAACAAACAAAAAACCAGAUGCCAGAGACAGUGAGAAUAGGGCAUGCUGAGAAGGGUGUUAUGGGGUUCUUGGGUUGUAGUGGAGCCAUUAGGAUAAAGUAUGACACUGAAGUGAAAAUCCAGUGGAAAAUAAUAAAACAUAAAAAGCUCCUGCUCUCUUUCUCUUGCCCUUUGGGUCUUGCACUCUUAACUCUGCCACAAUGGGCCACCCCCUCCUUAGGAAAAGAUGCCACUGUGUCUUUCCCCAAGCAAAACUAUUGAACCAGCCCCAAAACACUGCAGAGGGCAGAGUGGGUCUGGUCCUGGUGUGCAGACGUGCAGGUAGCAGCCAUUCCCCAAAGUAAGGAGUGGGAACACAGCAGUCCUUCAUGUGACUCUGCCCUGGUGCAGAGGAAACCACUAUCGGUGGCUGUACAUAUUUUAUUUUGUACGCAGACAUACAGAAAUAUUUAUAAGAUAUAUCUCCUGCUUUACUCUGCUCUUCUUCCUACGUAAAUAUAUCUCUAUGUUAUAAACAAGCCUUAACAAUAGUACGCAAUAAAUGCUGAAGUUUCUGGUGCAACAGCAGAAUGCUAGCUUAUUAUGUUUCAUUCAAGGUUUCCUACUUGGAAAGCAAGCCGGGUCUCCUUCCCAAGGAUGGGAGAGGCACAAGGCUCGAGGCACUCGCUGGCGUGGGAUAGAUAAGUUCCUGUAUUCCCUCUUUCCCCAGCCUCUUCAUUUUGAGCAGAAUUAGCCAAGAUACAAUCAAGACAAAGAAACGGAGCACUCAGGGGAGGAGAGUCACCAUUCUCAUUUUGCUCUUGUAUCAGCAAUCCUCUCAUCACUAAAAUAUCCCUGUGUCCCCAAAGAGUGCAUUAAGAAAUGUGACUGAUGUCUCUCGUGGGUGGUUUGCUCCUCACUUCUGCAUGCAGGGAGGAGAAUCAUAGAAUCAUAGAAUAUCCCGAGUUGGAAGGGACCCGUAAUGAUCCUUGACUCCAAUUUGAGAAGCUGUGGAAUGGAGAUUUUAGCUUAAGAUUACUUCAUCUCUCUCUCUCUUUAUAUGUAUAUAUAUGUUUGCUACAAGCAACAAUCUCUGUGUCUGUGUUAGGAAAGGCAUCUGCUCCAGAAGCAGAAGGUAUCAGAGCCUGUGAGGUUUCGCAGAACAUUUCUGGGGAGCCUGUACCCCAGGAAAAGUGCUGUACAAAUCAAUCCUACAGAAAAGCAGGGCAUUUAAGCACUUUCCCAGAAGGAAAUACAGCCAUAACAACACUGCUGUCCUCUUUUUCUUCUUUUCCAGCCACUCUCUAGGAUCCAGCUGCUCCUGACAUGCCUCUGGGCAGCCCCUGGGAGCUGGAAGAAAAUAGCAUGGUGGCAAAAUGAGAGCGAAAAUAGUACGACUAGCAAUAUUAGAGCUAUUCGGUACUCUAGCAUUGUGUGCUGUAGUAAAUUUAGAGAUAUUUUUUUCACCUUGGUUACUUUACUGGAAUUGGUCUCUUCCUUGCCUUCCCUCCCCCAGCACUGAGCAGGUAGAAAGAGGCCUUUGGUACUUUGUCAGUGGUUUGUGUAAUUGUCACCCCAUAAAAACUGGUGGACUGAAACGUCUCUGCAGCGCGGUGUGAUGAGAAGUUGGUUGUCUUUAGGCUGACAUGCAGACAGGUUGGUGGCACAGAUCCCGAAGCCAGAAUUUGGCUUUGUUUGAUAUUUUAAAGACAAGGUCAGCCGUCGUUCUUUUAAGGAAUUUUCUUUUUAAUUCAAGGUUCUGAUGAAGCCAGGGCAUGUUCUGACUGAAGGAAAACUUGAGCAUUUCAAUUCUGUUCUGUAAUGACUUUUUCCUGCUCCCUUGCUGAUGUCUUGAGUCUUUGCUUGGCGCAAAAAACAGUGAGAUGGAAGAAACGCUCUGUAUGCACAUUGUUUUCAGCUGCAGUUCACUCCUACAGUGUCAGACCCUUGUCCCUCAUCUGCUUUUCCCAUGCCAGAAGAAACUUUAUCUUUGCAGAGCAAGAGAAGAUGUAAGUCCACCAGGCAUCUGCAGGUCCUCUGACCCCAGGGUGGGAAGUGACCUUUAGAUGUUGAACUGAAAUGGCUGCGGCAUUUGGAGAUUUGUAAUUUGAGGCAUCCAGGCUUAAAAUAUCUUCUUACUUUUCUAAGAAUCCUUCACCACUAGCUUAAUCUGAGUUUUGCUUCUUUGAGCCCAAAGUCCUUGUGGCCCCAGCCCAUGUCCCAGGCUGCUGUCAUAGAAUCAUAGAAUCAUUUGAGUUGGAAAGGACCAUUGAAGGUCUUCUAAUCCAACUCCCUUGCAAUGAAGGGGACAUCUACAGCUCCAUCAGGUGCUCAGAGCUGUAUCCAGCCUGACUUUGGGUGCUUUCAGGGAUGGGAUAUCCACCACCUCUCUGGACAACCUGUGCCAGUGACUCACCAUUCAUACUGUAAAAAAUCUUCCUUAUAUCCAGUCUAAAUCCCUCCUCUUUUAGUUUGAAACCAUUUCCCCUUGUUCUAUCACAAGAUCGUGCUGACGAGUCUGUCCUCCUCCUUCUUCCAGUUCCCCUCUCAAUACUGGAAGGUCUGUUAAUCAACACUGUUACACUGAUUUUACCAUAACUCCCAAGUUUCCAGAGCCCUUUACUUUCCAGAGUGGCUGCACCUUGACCAACAUCCCUAGUUGCACUGUCCUUUUUCAUCCAGCAAAUUAGAGUCGUCUUGUUCUUAAUGCUUUGGAUGCUUUCCUCCUGGCAUCAGCAGCAAUUCCAAUUGCAAUUGCAAUGAAACGUAGCUGCCAAAUAGUUUUCUGUGCAUGUGUGGCCCAGAAGAUAUUUGUGAGAACAGCUACAAACCAGUUCUGCAAGAGUCUGCAAGGAAAAUGUAUCAUUAAUGGCAGGGCAAGAUCUUCAUGCACCAACUCUGCAGUAAGCAGCUUCCAAGACUCUGAAACACAGAGGUCUUUAAGUUUCUGAAUGAAAUGGCUCUAAUUAAUGUGUAUGCCUCUGUCGGGUGAUGCUAUAGUUCCUCUCUCCUAACAUGCCCUGCUAGAUCCUUAAAGCUGGUAGCAUUUGGCUCAGCUCUGCACCCUACCACACAGUUCUGUUGAAUUACACUAGCUGGAAAAAUACAGCUGAUGUAUUCCCAUAAAUAUUAUUAUUUCAAAAUAUUGCAAUCUUACCCCUGAGGGAAAAAGGCAAGCUGGCUUGAAAAAUGUUAUAUUGGUGGCUUUGUAGCAUUUAAUCGUUUGAAGAAAUAUCCACAAUUUAAUAAAACAAUUUAUAUUUAAUGAUAUUUCCAAAUCUGAGGAUUUAAACCUUGCACUCAUCCAGCUGGCUUUAUAUUUUUUGAUGAAUUCUCCCCACAUCCUCACCCUAUUCCAUUUUUAUACCAUUUAGAUUGCUCCCCAAAGGUAGGCAAAUGACAUUCAUUGCAGAAAGCUCUCACCCGACCCUUCAUUUAGUCUGUAAAAUGGGAAGUGUUUUAGAGCCAUAGAAUCAUUAAGGCUGAAAAACACCUCUAAAAUCAUCAAGUCCAACCAUCCACUCACCAAACUGUUAACACAGAUCACACUCAAGCAGGCAGCCCAUCAGUGUUUCACGGGCUGCCACUAGAAAACUCCUUAGUGAUGGGAGGGAUAGGGAAAAGGAGGGACUAAUCUGGAUCCAGUGAAUGGUGUCUUUGUCAGGAAGGUGAUACAAGAGUCCUCAAGGGACCGUGAUCCCUGAAGGCAACCACCAGCAUCAUCCCAGUGUGUGUGUGUGUGUUGCCUGGCCAGGGUACCAGCCUGGGAAGUGCUGGGAGGAUGCUCUGGAGGUAGUGGGAGGAAAACUCAGCCCUGGGCUUUUCCUUCUCCUGCACCAUUUGUUUGCAAACACGUUUCUAACAGCAUCUAGGGCAUCAAGGAAAAUUCAAGAAGGAAGCAGAAUCAGAGAAUCAUAGAAUGGUUUGAUUUGGAAGGGGCCAUUAAAGUUCAUCUGGCCCAACUCCCCCACGGUGAAGAGGGACAGCCACAGCUCCACCAGGUGCUCAAAGCUCCACCCAACCUGAUCCAAGGAUGGAGCAUCCACCACCUCUCUGGGCAACCUGUGUUAGUGCCUGGUUACCUUUAUUGUAAAAACUUCUUCCUUAUAUGUAGUCUAAAUCUCCACUCUUUUAGUUUGAAACCAUUUCCCCUUGUCCUAUCAGUGAAACCAUCCUGCAUUGUCUGAAGUCAUUUUUUUCCCCAAACUUAAAUCGUUCCCCUUAUUACGCAUUCUACAACCACCCAUGAUAUCCUUAACACCCUCACCCCAUCUCAAAGAUUUGCCUUCCUUGACCUGAAACGCUAUUGUAUUGCCGUAAGAGCAGACCAGACUCAAACUCUGUCCUCUACAUGUGGCAGACGGAGUAGAAAACAAGAUUUGGGAGAGGGAAAGAAAGAACAGGAAACUUGAAAUCCACCUGAGAUUAAUGACUUUAACAUGUACAACAUGUUUUGUUUUGCUUUGUUUUCCCCUCAGGAGCAGUUUCAUCAGUCAGACAGUGUUUGAUUAAAUAUCUCAGCAGAGCUAUGGUUUAUUCAUCUAGAACAAAAGUUAUCCUCCUGGUCAGGGACACAGCAUUAGCUUUGUUUUCUAAUUAUAAGAGCAACAGCGAUAAUAAAAAGAAUAACAAUAGUGUGCAUUGUGGAUCAAUUUAGCUUGGUUUUGUUUUUCUUUGUUGAAAGUAAGUGAACUGUGUUUUGUCAGUCUUGUAAAUGAGUGAUUUUAAAGAUCAUUUCUGUGUUUUGGGGAGGCUUUUGCUCCUUGAAGUGGAA